CCAACGUCACUGGCGAGGUCAGUCUGUCGACGGCAUCCACUGUUGCAGGAACCGUCUCGUAGCGGCGUUACAUUAAUCUCGUUUAUCUAUCGUAUUCCCGUAGGAUUCGGUCGCGUAUAUAUUUUUAUCAGUGCGGCGUUUUUUUUGCAGUGCGAACGUCUUCGGAUCUAUUUAAAAUAAUUAUUAUAUACAUAUUACGACCAAGUUUUUGACCAAGCUCGGUUUAUUUUCAUAUUCUUGUCCGGCGUGUAUCGUGGUGUGCGGUGGCGGUAGUUAACCCGAACGUAAACCUAUGUGGCUGUACAAAUAUCGGUACAAAAGCGCGGGCGAACCAUCGAGGAAAUGACCGCCGCCGCGAUUUCGCGGCUUUGGCCUGACGGCGGUGGUGUCGCGGGCCGGCCGUCGCGCCGUCCCCGCUACGUUGUCGAGGCCAAUACUACUGUUCUGCUGCUGGUGCCGCUUUUAAUGCUGGCCCUGGCGACGGCGUCCCGUGCGUCCGACAGCUGUGAUUGGAGCGGAAGCGGACUGACGUCGGAUUCGUCGGAACACUCGGUGCGGCCCGUCCGAUUGGACCGGUGCUGGGCGGGCACGGUGCGCUGGUCGUACCCGCGAGGCGCGCUAAGGGUGGUGUUCCGGUUGACGGGCACCAGUGGUGGCCGCGAGUUCCGCGUCUGCCUCAAACCGGACAGGCUGGAUGGCGUUCGUGUGCUUUUGGACAGCGCACCCCGUCGCCUGAUCGCCGUAUACGAUUACCGCAAGGCUGAUGAGCCGCUCCGGUCGAGGUGCUUCAAGAGCGUUGGUGGCACGGCCGCGUUCUACGUGGAGGCGGACAAGACUGGCGACCAGUCCGGUCCCGUCCGGUUCCGUUAUGAUCUCGAACCUCUCGCCGAGCCAGCACCCCAACUUUUCGUAGCCGACAACCUUGACGACGAAUGCCGGCCGUGUACCGUAGAAGAAAUGACACAAGCUUACUGCACGAGUAGUUUAGUGGUCCAAGGCACCAUAGUGGGGGUGUCUUACGACGGCGAUGUGUCGCGCGUGCGCGUGAUGCCCACCAAGGCGCACCGUCUGCCGCCCGAAGAGGACGACCUGCCGGUGCAAGUGUCACCGCCGCAACAGCAGCAAGAGGACGAAAGCGGACGACCGCGGCGCGACGACCGGCGGCCGAUGACCAUAACGUUCGGCCGGGGCUGCAGGCCUGCCGCCGGGCCCGGCGAGUUCGUGUUCAUGGCCCGCACCAAGUUCGACGAGUUGGCCCUGCGGUGCGCGCCCAGGCUGGAGGAAUGGAGGCAAGCCGUCAAGGCAGACAAAGCUCCCGGUUGCAUUCUGGCCGGUUGACCUUCGGACACACAUCAUAAUAUAUAUUUUACGUUCAUAUAUAUAUAUAUAUAUAUAAUGUAUAAAUAUAUAUUUCUAAGUUAAGAUAGGUACCGUACGGACGUGAUAUUAUAUAAUAUAUUAUAUUUUGUUUUACGCAUUACACGUAUAGUACCUAAGUAGGAACUGUUAUAUAUUACAUACUAUACAGGGUUACCAAAACCGUUGUUGAAUUACGUUGUUUAAAAACUAUUUUUAUUUUUUUUCAAAAGUCAUGUUAUAAUAAUAUUUAUAGAAUACGUCGUGUAAAAAUAGCCAUUUUAGCUUUAAAUAUAGCCAUAUAAAGGUAAUGUAUAUACAUUAUACUCUCAGUAGACGCUUAAACAAAGAUCGCUAAAUGCAACGGCUAUGUAUAUAAAUGAUAAUCGUUCCGCAAACGAAAAGUCGUAUAUACUCGUGGAUAUCAUUAUAAUAUUAUAAUCUUGUAAUUAAUACUAUAAAAGUUCGCGGUUGGUCGGGUGUAGUUGGCAGAAAUUGCGUUCAGUGAAUAGUCUCAUCAGAAAGGGAGGAAGAAGGAAGGGAGUAGGAGGAAGUGGGCAUGGCUCGUGUACAUAAUAUAUUAUUAUAGUUUCCUUAUUGACGUAGAAAAAGGGUUCUGUGGCUGUGAUCUGAAACUUUUUACGUAAAUAUUAAAAAGAAAUUUAAAAAAAGUAAUAAGACACAAUGGACGUGCGUACCUAUACUCUUAAUUAUAAUAUAUGUGAAAGCUCGACGUCAAGUCGUCUGUAUUCGUGUGUGCUAUAAUAGAUAGGUGGUAUACGCGUAUAGUCGUUCAUUUCUGACUGGUAGGUAAAUAAUUUAGCGCUUGCACUACUUUUCGUAAGAAUUAUGACAUAAUAAACUUUGUAUGAUACUACAUAUAUACGACAAUAUACCAAAACAUUAUACUGUUGGCAAUUCAAAGAUUUUAACGCACGCCAGUCCAAAAGGUUCUUUUAACUCCCUCCCUUGUUACGUUUAUGUAAUGCUAUAAUGUACGUGCGGUAUAUAUGAAUUGUAUAUCGUUCAUAUGUGAAUCUAUGUGCCAAACCUUAAAUAAAAAAAAAAAACAAAAGUUUUUAUUUAUACAAGUAAUAUCAUUAUUGGUUUGUAGUUAUAUUAUAUUAUAAAGAUAUAAUAUCAAAUGGUUUAUUCGAUUUUAUUAUACUUAACUUUAUUUAUAUAUAUACGCAUUAAAAACAAUACCUUUAUAUAUUAUAAUUCUAUUAUUUCUAACGAGCUUCAUAUUAUGCAUUUCGUAGUGCAAUGUUAAAAUAUUAAUAUUAAGAUAAUGUGUUUGUUAGGAUUAUUAUUUUAAUCACUUUGUUAUGUUUUUAAUAAUUGUAAAAUCUCAUAUUUUGUGUAAAUUAUUUUUGUUUGUGUAUGAAUAUAUUGUAACUAUCAUUAUACGAUAUAUUAUGAUCUCAAUUUUUAAAACAAUAUUAAAUAUCGAACAAAAAUUGUAAUUAAUUUGACUAAUAUUUAAAAUAUAUUUGUGUUAUCAGUUAAAA